AGACUGAGGAGGUUUCUUGCGAAGAGGAUUUACUUUUGACAGAACUUUUUGGGGAGGACAGAAGUGUUUAAGGAGUCUGGUUGGACCUUUGAUCAUGGAUCAAGCAGAAUUGCCCAGCGAGAAGACAUCUGAGUCUACAGAGACCACUGGCCUGAUUGACACAAACAACAACAACCAGACUGAGGAGCCAGAGCUGGAGGAGAGUAAUGACCCAGAGAGGGAGCCUCUAGCUGGGGAGACAGGGGAGGGUCCGGGGCUGACGAAAGAGGGGGAGGAAGGGAAGGAGGUUUCAGAACUAGAGCAGGGAGGAGAAGUGGAGGACAGUGCUGCAGAUAAAGAAACGCCACAGACUCCUCCAUCAAAGCAUGCCGAGGGUGAUGCUAAAGAGGCGGAAACUUCUGAAGACAAAGCCUCCACUGAGGUUGAUGUGAAAGAUCCUGAACUGACAGGUGGAGCCAAAGAUGUGGAGGGAGAGGGGAAGGAAGAGGAGAAAGGUCAGCGGGUGGAAGGGGUCAAGAGUAGCAAGGCUGGAGAGGAGAUGAUAAACCAAAACAAAGAGAAAAAGAAGAGUAAUACGGUAGAAAGGGCGAAAGAAGCAGAGACAGACGUAAAGAGUAAAGAGGCAGAAAACAACGCAGAGAAGGAAAAAAAGGUUGAGGGGGUGGACGUAGAAACAAAAGACAAAGCAAAGAUAAAGGAGGUAGAAAAGCAAGGGAAGCCCAAAAGAAAGAGCGCUCCUCCCUCCUCUUCUCUCUCCCGACCAAGACCCUCAGCCCGCUCCAUCAGGGCGGCAGCUAAAAACGACAUCAUUGCCAAGUUCCAGCAAGGUGCACCAGAGACACCAACACCCCGCAACUUCAAAGUUCAGAGGUCAUCUGCGGCUGCGGCGACGGGAGCUUCCAUCAAACAGAAGAUGCUUCAGUGGUGUCACAGUAAGACUCGCAACUACGAGGGGGUCAACAUAGAAAACUUCUCAUCAUCCUGGUGCGACGGCUUGGCGUUCUGUGCUCUCAUCCAUCGUUUCUUCCCCGAGGCUUUCGACUACAGCUCCCUGAAUCCCAAGGAGAGGGAGAAAAACUUCACUCUGGCCUUCCAAACAGCAGAGUCCCUGGCUGACUGCUGUCCUCUGCUGGAGGUGGAGGACAUGAUGUUGAUGGGCAAACACCCGGACCCCAUGUGUGUGUUCACGUAUGUCCAGUCCCUCUGCCACAGCCUCUCUAAAAUAGAGAGAGAGAGGAAGGACAAAGACAGCAAACUCGUAGAGGAUGAUGAUGGAGGGGAGAAAGAUAAGGGAGAGGCGUCACCGGAGAAAGAUGAAUCGACCGAGAACGGGGCGAUGGGGAGCCAAGAGGAGAGACGGGAAGACGUUGCAGAGACCGGGGAAGGUGCUGGCGAGCAAGCAAAGGCACCAAGCGGCUGUGAGGUGGAGGAGUGCUGAUCGAGACAAAAGACUGACUGCGAACAGAUAGACUGAAAAGACCAAAAGGGUUGUUGACGGUUGUGGUAAUUCAGUUAGCAAAUCGUAGAUGGAUGUGGAUUCACUAUUAACAGUGUCAUAUUAAUUAGCUGUAUUUUUUGAAAGUGCACUAUGCUAUGUUUUUUCAUGUUUGCUUUGAGAUCACGAAGCAGAAAUGUUUAGUCUAAUAAUAAAAUGGUGGACUUGUGAAUUGGAAAGCUUAAAUCAAUGUGUUGAUGUGAUGCUCAGACAAUAUGAAUGUGAAUAAAUGACAACCGUUAUAUAAUAUAAUGGAUGGAAACCCAUAGUGAUUUUGAGCAAAUAAAAAGUA